CGUGCGUCGACAUUUUCCCGAGCAACCAGUGCUGAAACGGGAACAGUCCUGUCACAGAACCCUUUCGCAGGCGCUCUCGUCCUUUCCCAGCAAUAUUUACCCGUUUCUCAAAGCACACAGCCUCCUCCCCUCCCGGUUUGCGCAUUCCAGACACGAACAUCCCUGCAUCCCUUCACAACACACACCGCCAACCCCCAGCGCCAUUGCACACCAAGUCAAUUUAGGUCGCCUUGACUCCGCUUCCUGUCCGUGGAUUGUCGAGAGUUGCAGGUGACGGAUAUAAGCACUACCAAUGCCGCUAAAACAGCGAACAGUACCAAUCAACCAAAAACACGUUUCAGCCUCAAGUUCUUCUAGUGAAUACGACGACGGGGACGAGUCGUCGUUACAACGGAGCGAGGACCUCAGCGAGUCCUUAGUCGACGACGACGACGAGGAAGAAGAGGAGGAGGACGAGUGGGAUGAUGAGUACGGGGAGCUCGACCCCUCCGAUUCGGCGUCAAUAAGCAACGAGUACAGUCACGCACUCCCACGAUCCCACAGUCCACACCCAGUCCGUGGGAAUCCUCGUAGCCACAGGAUUCCUGCUGUCGGGCGCCAGUCCUUUCCAUAUCACGCACCUUCGGCACCGCCAAUGAGUAUCGACCCUUCCGACGAGUAUAGUCCGUCGUACGGGCGGGGCUACGGCGGCCCACCACAACCGCAAAACCAGGGUGCCUUCUAUGGCGCCAGGGGCGGGGGCCAUCAGCCGAACGGAUAUGCGCAAAGCCACGUGGGCUACAUGCAGAACCAUUACAGCGGCCAGAUGGUCCCCUACAAUGACUAUCGGAAUCCCUUCUCGCCGUCGCCAAUGGGUGGGAACAGCAGCAACUUCUUUCAAAAUGAGCAUCGCGGGGGCCACGGCCACUAUGACAUGAUGCCUUACCACCAGCAGCAGGGUAACCACAACCACGGUUACUACGGCGGCGGCGGCGGCGGAGGCCCGGGGGGCUACGGUGUACCACCACCGCACCUUCAACCGUACAUGUACAAUGCGCCGCCGCCACCGCCAACCGAAGCGCCUGCGCCUAAACCACCGACCCCUGCCCCCCCACCGCCUGAGAAACCAAAUCCAGAGAUGGAAGCGCUGAAAGCGCAACUUGCCAAAUUUGAACAAGAAGAGAAGAGGAAGGCGGAGGCGGAAAAGGUAGCGGAAAUGAAGGCCAACAUGCAGAGAGAAGCCGAAGAAGCGCUCAGAAGGCGGAUGGAGGACAUGCAGCGAGCGCAAGAGGAAGCAAAGAAGGCGAUCGAGCUGGCACAGGCCGAGGCUGAGAAGGCGGCGCGGGAGCGGCUAGCAGAGGAGAAGAAGCAAGAGGAGGAGAGAAAGAGGUUGCAGGCGGAGGCCAUGCAGCGGAUCGAACGGGAAGCCCGCGAGAAGCUCGCCGCCGAGAUAAAGGCGGCUGAGGAGCGCAAGAAGCGCGAAGCGGAGGCUGCCGCCUUAGCUGAGGCCCAAGCCAAGGCCAGGAUCGAGCUAGCCAUCAGGGAAGAGCAGGAGCGAAUUCAUGCUCGGAUGAAGGCCGAAGAAGAGGCAAAAGCCGCCGCCGCCGCCAAAGCAGCCGAGGAAGCAGCACGGCUAAAGCGGAUGGAAGAGGAUGCCAAAAGGGCGCUCGAGGCCGCCAUCAAAGAGCAAGAGACUAAGCUCGCGGCCGCCGUCCAAGCCGAACGCGAGAAAAUCGAAGCCGCUCAGAAGGCCGAGGCCGAAGCGAAAGCCGCUGCCGCAAAGAAGGCAGCCGAGGAAGCCGAGUGGCGGAAGCAGCUCGAGGCGGAAGCCAAACUCAAAGCCGAAGUUGAGGCCCGGGAGAAGCUCGAGGCCGAGCGCAAGGCGGCCGAGGAGGCCAAGGCGGCCGAAGAGCAGAGGAAAAAGGACGAGAAGAUCUACAAAGACAAGCUCCUCCAGGAAGCCAAGGACAAGGCCGAAGACGCUGCGAAGAAGAAGGAGAAACCGCCCAUCAAGUUCAAGGAUGCCGUCGGCCGCAAGUUUAGCUUCCCCUUCCAUCUGUGCCAGACAUGGCAGGGUAUGGAAGAGCUCAUCAAGCAGGCCUUCCUACAUGUCGACGUCAUCGGCCCGCACGUCCAAGAAGGUCACUACGACCUGAUCGGCCCCAACGGCGAAAUCAUCCUCCCGAGCGUCUGGGAGAAGGUUGUCGAGCCCGACUGGGCCAUCACCAUGCACAUGUGGCCAAUGGACAAGGCCCCUCUUCGCCAGCAGAUGCCCCCUAACAUGCAGCCCGGCGGCAUGCCUCGCCCUCCGCAUCCCGGCCACCACCCACAACAACAGCAACACCACCCCCAGCGCCCCCACCCCGGGAUGGCCGCGGCUUUUAUGCGCCCGCCGAGCACCCGCCCAGGAGGCGGCGGUAUGGGCGUUCCGCCCCCGCCACCGGGCGGCAUUUGGGCAGGCAAUAUGCAGGGUGGCCCCGCCGGCAUGCCCCCUGGACCUCGGAUCGUGCGACCAUCGAUGGAGCCGCAGAUUGUGACAGUCGACCCGAAUAAACCCCCUCGGAGAAAGGAUAAGGCCGCUCCGUCGUCCAUGCUCGGGUGGAUGGCCGGGAGCAAGCCCAAGAGCAGCAGCAAGAAGUACGUUGGCGUCCUAGGCCCCGACCCCGUCCCUCCCAAGCAUAGCCAUAAUCACCGCUCCUCCUCUUCCGCCUCCUCCCAGCAGUAUACCUUGUAUUUCUUCUACCCAGCCCAACUAUGGCCUCCCAAGUCCGUUUCUUUCCCUUGUUGAGUGGCUGGCGGUGUUUGUUUCGUCAUGGUUGAAGU